AUGGACUCAUGCAAACCUGUCGCCACUCCUGUUGACACUCAAGCAAAGCUGUCUGCUGACUCUAGCCAAUUACAUGAUGACCCCACUACUUAUCGCAGUUUGGCUGGAGCUCUACAGUACCUAACAUUUACUCGUCCCGGUAUCUCCUAUGCCGUUCAGCAGAUUUGCAUGCAUAUGCAUUCUCCACGGGUUGAUCAUUGGAAUGCAUUAAAACGCAUUAUACGGUAUAUUCAAGGCACCUCCAACUACGGUCUUCAUCUUGGGUCGAUACCAAACCUCUCCCUGGUUUCUUAUACUGAUGCAGAUUGGGCGGGAUUCCCUGACACUCGCCACUCCACCUCUAGUUACUGUGUCUAUCUGGGUGACAAUCUCAUCUCCUGGUCUUCUAAACGCCAGGCCACUAUCUCCCGCUCCAGUGCAGAGGCUGAAUAUAGAGGUGUUGCUAACGUUGUCGUGAAAAUUUGCUAG